UGGUGAUAAACAUCACUUGUUCAAAACUUAAAGUUACUUACUUGUGAUAAAGUGAGAACUAUGGAGGAGGAGUUCAAUGCCACCAUGAAGAAGUAUGGAACUGUCUUGGAAUGUGUGGAUCAGAAACUCGCAUCGAUAAUUGCUGUCGAUCGAUUUCUUAAUGAUCUUAUUCCAAAGUCAAAAGAGCUAGAAAAUGAUGUCUUACACCUACCAUCAAACAAAGAUGUUAUGAACACCAUUGAAAUUCAUUUUGGACGUGUAAGUUCUACUGUUGUUGCAAUUUAA